GACCCUAUUUCCCGUGCUGCACAGCGGCCUUCCUCUUUCUCUUCCUGUCCAGGGCGCUUCGGGAGCCGCGGGCUUUGGUGCAGAUAUGGCCAAGUCCAAGAACCACACCACGCACAACCAGUCACGGAAAUGGCACAGAAAUGGCAUCAAGAAGCCCCGGUCACAAAGAUACGAAUCUCUUAAGGGGGUAGACCCCAAGUUCCUGAGGAACAUGCGCUUUGCCAAGAAGCACAACAAGAAGGGCCUGAAGAAGAUGCAGGCCAACAACGCCAAGGCCAUGAGUGCACGUGCCGAGGCUAUCAAGGCCCUUGUCAAGCCCAAGGAGGUCAAGCCCAAGAUCCCAAAGGGUGGCAGCCGCAAGCUCAAUCGACUUGCCUACAUCGCUCACCCCAAGCUCGGGAAACGUGCUCGUGCCCGCAUUGCCAAGGGUCUCAGGCUCUGCCGGCCAAAGGCCAAGGCCAAGGCUCAAACCAAGGCCCAGGCUGCAGCUGCAACUCCUGCUCCAGCUCCUGCUGCAGCUCAGGCUCAGGCUCCCAAAGGUGCCCAGGCCCCCACAAAGGCACCAGUGUAGAGGCUUCCAUCUGCCAGUGUGAGGGUAGAAGGACUGGUGUGACCCCUGGGCUUCUGUCUGCAUGGGGCUGGUGUCCUCCUGUGCUAUUUGUACAAAUAAACCUGCGGCAGGAUCUGUCA